AAAAGCCAGGGCAAGAUUGGGAGAUAGAUUUCACUGAGGUAAGGCCAGGCAAGUACGGGUACCGCUAUCUGUUGGUUCUGGUAGAUACCUUCUCGGGGUGGGUGGAAGCUUUCCCCACUAAGGGAGAGACAGCAAUAGUGGUUGCUAAAAAGAUCUUAGAGGAGAUAGGGCCUAGGUAUGGGCUGCCAGUGACUAUGGGCUCUGAUAAUGGACCUGCCUUUGUGAGCCAGAUUGUACAAGGGCUGGCCCAAGCUCUGGGGACGAAAUGGAAGUUACACUGCGAAUAUAAUCCCCAGAGCUCAGGACAGGUUGAGAGAAUGAAUCGGACCCUAAAAGAAACUUUGACAAAGUUGGCAAUAGAGACUGGCGGGGACUGGGUGACCCUCCUCCCCUUUGCACUCUUUCGGGCACGUAACACCCCUUAUAAGCUGAAUCUUACUCCUUUUGAGAUUCUGUAUGGAAGACCCCCUCCUGUGUAUCCUAUUUUCGAAGGAAAAUGUCUGCCACCCCCUACUUUGGGACAAUUCCAGCAAACUCUGAUAGCAUUAAGUAAGAUGCAUAACCAUGUUUGGAAAUUGAUUCGAGAGAUACAUGAGGGCCAAAACAAGAGGGCCCUCCCCUCACAUAAUAUUGGCCCAGGUGAUUGGGUUUGGGUAAAACGACACCAAUCUAAAGUAUUAGAACCUAGAUGGAAACGCCCUUAUGUUGUUCUUCUUACCACUCCUACCGCUGUCAAGGUCGACAGGAUUGGACCCUGGGUUCACUGCAAUCACGUGCGGCAAGCCACAUCGGAAGAACAGGAAAAAGCGCGAGCAGAAUGGAAGGCGAGUCCUCACCCGUCAAAUUCUUUGAAACUGAAACUCGUCCGCCGGGAGGCCUCCUAAUUUUCCUGCUGAUGGCAGCUCUCAUCGACCCAGGAGUGACCAGUCAUAACCCCCAUCAACCUGCUAAGAUCACAUGGAAACUCAACGACGGGCAAACUCAUGAGCUGCUCAAUGAGACCUCAGGAAUCCACCCUCCAAACACCUGGUGGCCAGACCUGAACUUCGACCUCUCAAGCCUCUUCGCAAAGCAGGACGGUCUCUAUGAUAAGUCCUAUAGGGAUGGGAUAAAAAACCAUAGGUUGGGGUUUUGGGCUUGCCCGGGCUAUGUAAGAAAUAACUGGAAAACCUGUGAUGGCAUAGAAAGCUAUUAUUGCAGGAGCUGGAGUUGUGUGACCUCUUGUGAUGGACCCCAGAGGUGGGAUGUCGGAAACAGAGAUCUAGUUAGCUUCACCUUCAAGGACCGUAGACACCAGGGGCCUCAGGUACGAGUACAAUUUAACCAGGAACGGGCGAAGAAAGAAAACCGCUGGACCUCAGGACUGACUUGGGGUUUUCAGCUUCACGUAAAUUGGCCCGGCCCCUACCCAGGCGAGCUUUUAAUCAUUAAACAGGUUAUUGAGCCGGUGCAGGUACAUAGUUUAGGUCCCAAUCUGGUCAAAGCAUUACAGGGGCAUAAGGCGACCCCCAAGCCAACCACCUUCAGACCAAGCUUGCCGGGAACAUUUAACAUCUCCUCUACCCCGAGCCUCAGAGGCAAACUGACAGAAACCCCUGGCCCUCUGGCUGUUACCAUUAGCUCAGCAAUUCAGGACCCCCUAUGGGCCUUAGUGAAUGCAGCCUUUACGGUCUUAAACCAUACCAACCCUAAUGCGACCCAGUCCUGUUGGCUUUGUUAUAAUCUUCACCCACCCUUCUAUGAGGCCAUAGGCCUCAAUGUCUCUUACCACUUAUCUUCAGGCCAGAACCCACCCCCAUGCCGAUGGGAAGAACGCAAGGUUGGCCUCACAAUGAAUGAAGUCUGGGGACAGGGACUCUGUUUGGGCACAGUGCCACGUGAUAAAACUUCCCUCUGUGCCCGGACUAUUAGUAACCUACGCUUACACGGCAAACAUUGGAUUGUGCCAGAGGUUGGGGGUUGGUGGAUUUGUUCACAUACUGGGCUAACCCCAUGUUUACAUUGUGAAGAUUUUUAACCAGAGUCAAGAAUUCUGUGUCCUGGUUGCUGUAAUGCCAAAAAUCUUAUACCACUCUGAAGAGGUUAUGUACUCACACUGGGACCGGGAAUUGCUAAGACAAAAGAGAGAGCCAAUCAGUGCAAUCACCAUGGCAGCCUUGUUCAGUCUUGGGCUGGCAGGAGCAGGGACAGGAAUAGCUUCACUAUCUCUGCAAGGCCAAGGGUUUUCCUCCCUACGAGCCGCCAUAGAUGAAGAUAUAACUCGCAUAGAAGAAUCAAUCAGCCACUUAGAGAAGUCUCUGACUUCCUUGUCUGAGGUGGUCUUGCAGAAUAGGAGAGGAUUAGACUUGAUUUUUCUCCAACACGGUGGGGUCUGCGCGGUUCUGGGAGAAGAAUGUUGUUUCUAUGCAGACCACACAGGAGUGGUAAGAGAAUCUAUGGCAAAAGUAAGAGAAGGGCUGGCGCAAUGAAAGAGGGAACGGGAGGCCCAACAGGGAUGGUUUGAGUCUUGGUUUCAACGCUCCCCCUGGCUGACCACCUUAGUUUCCACCCUCCUGGGCCCGCUUAUAGUGCUAUUAUUAACACUUACAUUUGGCCCUUGUAUUUUAAACCGGCUAAUGUCAUUUAUUAAAGAACGUCUAAAUACCAUUCAGAUUAUGGUAUUGAGGCAGCAAUAUCAGAUGGUAGCCCAGGAUGAAGAGAAAGAUUCCUCUACAGGAACAACAAGACAGGGGGGAAUGUGAGGCUGCCAGGGUUAAUACCGUGACGGGCGGCCUGGACCUAAGUUUUAGCUUCCCCCGAAAUGGUAAGAUUCCCUACCCCCAUCAGGUAACCUGGAGCCAGCCAAUCAAUAUGCGCCCAGUAAGAACAAAGGGAGAGCUGAAAAGCCCGUGAACGCCCAGGUUUGAAAAAAGCCCGCGAAAAUCUGUACCAAUAGAAUUGCCUUGCAAACAUGUAACCAAUCCGCUUAAGCCAGCUACUAACCGCUUUUGCAUAUCUUAUAAAUUUGUGUAACAAGCUUGAGCUCAGCGCUUUCUGACCCUGCACCACUGUGAUGUUUGUGGCAGAAAGCCCUGGCUCGAGACAGUAAUAAACUUCCCUUUUUUGCGAGUUGCAUUGUCUUGGAAGCCUUCUCUCUCUUCCCGCUCGGAUUCGGACAUCGGGCAUAACGUUUGGGGGCUCGUCUGGGAUCCCUUGACCGGGAGAAGGGAACGCUUACAGGACAAAGGGGAAGGAUAAAUAAUAACACCGGUGCUCAGGAAAGUCCAGAGUAAAUCCAAGGCCCUGCUGGGAAGCAGGGAGGUAUCUGGCACAGAAGGAAGGCUUUCUAUAAAGGGGGGCCAGCCGGCAUGAGGCCAGCGGAUGCGCUGGGAGGCAGCCGACUCCGCGGGAAGGAAAGUUCCUCUACCGACCCCGAGUCUGGUGAAAAGCGGACGCCAUUCUGUAAGGUGAAUCUGCUACCGGGAGGCAAGAAAAUUCAGGGGGCCCGAAAACCCAGCGCUGUGUCGUCGGCCGACGUUUGUUUGUCCGUGUGUUUGUCUUUGGCUCUCCGUGUUUUUGUGUGUGCCGGCAUUGUCUCUAGUCUCGUUCUCUUCUGGUGCAUCGUUCUUUCUCACUUCUGACUUUUUCUCCUUCUCUUCUUCUCUGAUCUGCCCUCAACUCCUUUUCUUUUCGGGAGUUUCAGUGAACAGGCGAACGGUUGUGGGGGCAUUUGAUGAGUCCUGGCCAGGGCUACACUCUGGCGGACUCUGAAGGCCCUACAAUAAGUAAGCCUCAGUAACUAGAGCCCGACCGGGUGAAACUCUCCUUUAACAUCCCUAACUGAGGACGUGGCCUAAAAUUCUUCUUGUGGGCACGGGUCAGGCACUUAAAGGCCAUUAGGGCACCUGCCACUUGAAGACUCCCGUGAGAGGAUAAGGGGGUCACGGAACGGACUAGAAACCCCUAGGGUGCCCGCCCCCAGCAAGAAAACUUCCGUGCAACGACGCCGGCACAUAAACAGUUCCAAAAGCAUACCAUAAGCCCAACCUCUUGGCCGCCACCACUCCCGGUAGGAUUUUUGGUGGUCGUUCUCAGUGACUUCCUCUCUCUCUUCCUUACCGUUUAUUCUUUGACCAUGGGGCAGGGAGAAUCUACCCCACUUUCUCUCAUGACUGACCAUUUUUCGGAUGUCAGGGCCAGGGCCCAUAACUUGUCUUUGCUAGUCAAGAAAAGUAAAUUAAUAACUUUUUGUUCUGCAGUGGCCCGCCUUUCAGGUUGGAUGGCCUCCGGAAGGCACCUUUCAACCGUCCAUCAUACAGGCUGUGAAGGAGAAGAUUAUGGCUCCUGAUCCCUGGGGCCAUCCGAGUCAGGUCCCCUAUGUCAUGGUCUGGCAGGAUCUAGUGGAAAAUCCGCCUAAAUGGUUAAAACCUUUUGUUCACAAACUUCCUAGUUCCUCCAAUUCACAGGUCCUGGUGAUGGAGACCCCCCGGAGGAAACCAAAAAGAAAGAGGACCCAAAACCAGUCCUUCAGGAAUCAUCUUAUCCAAACCUGAUAGAUCUAGAAACGGAGAUAAGGCCUCUGCCAUAUGUGCCCUCCUUGCAAUCCCCUCCGAGGAGAGAAGCUCCCACAGGUGAACCGAGAGGAUUAAGAGGGCCAACGGGAACCGACCGUGAGGGGGGGCUGGCAUUGGGGACCCGGGGGAAAACUAAGGGAGAUAGGGGUAAGCAAGACCCUGGGGCCCCAGAGUUACCUUCAUCCACUGUUCAGGCGCUCCCCGUCCGAGUGGGACCAACUAACCCGGACGGAGAGCGAACCUAUCAGUACUGGCCCUUUUCCACGAGUGACCUGUACAAUUGGAAGACCCAAAACCCUCCUUUCUCAGAGAAACCCCAAGGCCUCAUUGACCUCUUAGAUUCCAUUUUGUUCACUCAUAAUCCCACCUGGGAUGAUUGUCAGCAGCUGUUGCAGGUGCUCUUCACCACGGAAGAACGGGAGCGAAUUCUGGCAGAGGCGCGGAAACGGGCCCCAGGGGUCGACAGGAGGCCAACCGCCCAGCCUCAUCUUGUGGACGAGGGGUUUCCCCUGUUGCGGCCUAACUGGGAUUUUGAGCGGGUGGAAGGUAGGGAGCGUCUCCGAGUGUACCGCCAGACUCUAAUGGCUGGCCUGCGGGCUGCAGCAAGAAAGCCGACAAAUCUGGCAAAGGUAAAUUUAGUAAGGCAAGAGCCCACUGAAAGCCCGGCAGCCUUCCUAGAGAGGCUGAUGGAAGCUUUCAGGCAAUAUACACCUAUGGACCCCCAGGCUGAGGAGUCACGCGCUGCAGUUCUGUUAGCGUUCGUGAAUCAGGCAGCCCCAGAUAUUAGGAAGAAAUUACAAAAGGUAGAGGGAUUGGGAGAACAGACAAUACAGGAUUUACUGAAAGUAGCUGAAAAGGUAUUUAAUAAUAGGGAAACCCCAGAAGAAAGGGAAGAGCGAAUUCGGCGGGAGGAAAGGGAAUUAGCGGAGAAGAUCAGGAAAGAAGAUAGGGAACAUAGGGCGAGGGAAAACCGGAAGAACCAGAAGGAGCUAGCCCAGAUUCUUUUUGCGGGGAUAAAGGCCGGAACAGAAUUGAGGGAACCUCGAGACCCCCGGACGGGAGAAAAAGAAAAACCAAAAAGGCAGGCCCUAAAGAAGGAUCAGUGCGCCUACUGCAAAGAACAGGGGCACUGGAAAAACGAGUGCCCUAAGAGGGACUCAAGGAGAGGAAUGACCCAGAGAGAGAAAAUCCCCCCUGGAACUCGAGUUCUAUAUGCGGGGGAAGACAGUGACUAGGGGAGUCGAGACUCGGCACCCCUCCCCGAGUCCUGGGUAGCCAUACAUGUGGAGGGGAAACCCGUUGGCUUCAUGGUAGAUACUGGCGCCCAACACUCUGUUUUAAAUAAAAAACUGGGACCAAUGUCUAAGAAAACCAGCUUAGUGCAAGGAGCCAUGGGGACAAAAAGAUAUUGUUGGACCACAGAAUGGAAAGUAAAUCUGGGGACCCACCAGGUGUCCCAUUCGUUUUUGGUGAUACCAGAAUGCCCAGCCCCUCUACUUGGAAGAGACUUGUUGACUAAAGUUAAUGCUCAGAUCCAUUUUGACCCCGGGGGAAUGUCAGUCACGGAUGGACUUGGACAACCGAUACAUGUCUUGUCCCUAGCCUUAAGAGAUGAAUACAGACUUUUUGCGCCUAAGCCCUCAGAGACCAUAGCACUAGAUGUACAACCGUGGGUCCAUAAAUAUCCAUUGGCCUGGGCAGAAACAGCAGGAAUGGGACUAGCCAAACAGAGACAUCCGGUCGUCAUCGAGCUAAAGGCCGAGGCAGUUCCUGUGAGGGUGAGACAGUACCCUAUGAGCCAAGAAGCUCGGCGGGGGAUCACUCCCCACAUUCGACGGCUCAUGGAGGCCGGAAUUCUCAGGCGAUGCCAAUCCCCACACCCCCUUACUGCCGGUGAAGAAGCCAGGGGGGACAGAUUACAGACCUGUCCAAGACCUGCGAGAAGUCAACAAACGGGUGAGUGACAUACACCCAACUGUCCCUAACCCGUAUACCCUCCUGAGCAGUUUACUGCCUGAGUACACUUGGUACACUGUGCUGGACUUGAAGGAUGCCUUUUUCAGCCUACCCCUGGCAGUUCGGAGCCAGGAGAUAUUUGCCUUUGAGUGGACUGAGGGGGAGGGCCAACCGGUAGUACAAUUAACUUGGACCCGCCUCCCACAGGGGUUCAAGAACUCCCCUACCUUGUUUAAUGAGGCUCUGAGUGAGGACCUCUAAGAAUAUCGGGCUUGCCACCCAGAGGUCAUUCUGCUACAAUAUGUAGAUGACCUUAUGUUGGCUGGAACCACAGAGGAAGCUUGCAGCCGUGCCACUGGGGACCUAUUACAGACCCUAGGCAUCUCGGGGUAUCGCGCUAGCGCAAAGAAGGCACAAAUAGCCCGGCAAGAGGUCACCUAUUUGGGGUAUAAGAUCAGGCAGGGGCAAAGGUGGCUAACCCAGGCCAUGAAAGAAACAAUAUUGCAGAUACCAGAGCCCAAAAACCCCCGCCAGGUGAGAGAGUUUCUGGGGACUGUUGGAUAUUGCAGACUGUGGAUUAUGGGGUUUGCUGAGAAGGCCCGGCCCUUAUAUGAGGGAAGUAAAGAGACCCCAAACUGGACUUGGACUGAGCCAAUGAAACAGGCUUUCCAGACACUCAGACGGGCCCUACUAGAAGCCCCAGCCCUUGCCCUGCCUAACCCAAAUAAGCCAUUCCAGCUGUUUGUAGAUGAAAAGCAAGGAAUAGGAAAGGGGGUCUUGACUCAACAAUGGGGACCAUGGAAGCGGCCGGUAGCAUACCUUUCGAAGCGAUUAGACCCGGUGGCCGCUGGGUGGCCCCCUUGCCUUCGCAUCAUUGCAGCUACAGCCCUCCUCGUCCGCGACGCUGACAAGUUGACGUAUGGACAGCAACUCUCGGUUUACACCCCCCACGCCGUAGAAGGGGUUUUAAAGCAGCCGCCGGGUAAGUGGAUCUCCAAUGCCCGCUUGACACACUACCAGGCCUUGCUGCUCGAUGCCCCAUGGGUGCGUUUUCAGACCCCUUGCUUCCUAAAUCCGGCCACGCUCUUACCCAACCCAGAGAAGGACAGCCCUCUCCACGAUUGCAGUGAGAUACUGGCUGAGGCCCUGGCGGCACGAAAAGACUUAACUGAUGUACCCCUAAGCAACAGGGAGCUAGUAUGGUUCACCGAUGGGAGCAGUUAUGUAAAAGAUGGGCAAAGGAAGGCGGGAGCCGCCAUAGUUGAUGAUUCAGGGCAGACGAUAUGGGCUGAGACACUACCCCCAAACACUUCUGCACAAAAAGCAGAAUUGAUUGCCCUAACACAGGCUCUGGAGCAAGCCAAAGGGAAGAGAGUCACCAUUUUUACUGACAGCCGAUAUGCUUUCAGCACUGCCCAUAUGCAAGGUCCCAUAUACCAAGAAAGGGGAUUUCGGACAGCUGAGGGAAAAGAGGUCAAAAAUCUGCCUGAGAUUCGCAGGAUCUUGGAAGCUGUCCAACUACCCCAGGCAGUAGCUAUAGUACAUGUCCCCGGUCACCAGAAAGGAGAAGACCCUAAGGCGCGGGGCAAUCGUGCUGCUGAUGCGGCCGCUCGAGAAGCGGCUAGCCGGGACUAUGCUGCCCUCAUAUUAGCCGUGGGACUUCCACCUCCUUGUUUGGGGACCUUGCCACCAGUUCCCGAAUAUUCCCUCCCUGAUCUCGCCUGGAUCAACAAGGAUACCACCCUCCAGAAAGAUGACCAAGAUGGAUGGUACCGAGACCAAAUCAACAACCUGAUCUUGCCUGCCACCCUGGGUCGUCACCUGUGUGAACACCUGCACACAACUACACACUUGGGAGAAAAAAAGACCCUAACACUUCUCCAGACGGCCUGCCUGAGGUUCCCUCGACAAAAUGCCACUGUACGAGAGAUAAUUCAAGCCUGCAAAGCGUGCCAGCUGAUGAGGGCAGAGAAGAAGCAGCACUCGGGAACGAGGUACCGAGCGGAAAAGCCAGGGCAACAUUGGGAGAUAGAUUUCACUGAGGUAAGGCCAGGCAAGUACGGGUACCGCUAUCUGUUGGUUCUGGUAGAUACCUUCUCGGGGUGGGUGGAAGCUUUCCCCACUAAGGGAGAGACAGCAAUAGUGGUUGCUAAAAAGAUCUUAGAGGAGAUAGGGCCUAGGUAUGGGCUGCCAGUGACUAUGGGCUCUGAUAAUGGACCUGCCUUUGUGAGCCAGAUUGUACAAGGGCUGGCCCAAGCUCUGGGGAUGAAAUGGAAGUUACAUUGCUAAUAUAAUCCCCAGAGCUCAGGACAGGUUGAGAGAAUGAAUCGGACCCUAAAAGAAACUUUGACAAAGUUGGCAAUAGAGACUGGCGGGGACUGGGUGACCCUCCUCCCCUUUGCACUCUUUCGGGCACGUAACACCCCUUAUAAGCUGAAUCUUACUCCUUUUGAGAUUCUGUAUGGAAGACCCCCUCCUGUGUAUCCUAUUUUCGAAGGAAAAUGUCUGCCACCCCCUACUUUGGGACAAUUCCAGCAAACUCUGAUAGCAUUAAGUAAGAUGCAUAACCAUGUUUGGAAAUUGAUUCGAGAGAUACAUGAGGGCCAAAACAAGAGGGCCCUCCCCUCACAUAAUAUUGGCCCAGGUGAUUGGGUUUGGGUAAAACGACACCAAUCUAAAGUAUUAGAACCUAGAUGGAAACGCCCUUAUGUUGUUCUUCUUACCACUCCUACCGCUGUCAAGGUCGACAGGAUUGGACCCUGGGUUCACUGCAAUCACGUGCGGCAAGCCACAUCGGAAGAACAGGAAAAAGCGCGAGCAGAAUGGAAGGCGAGUCCUCACCCGUCAAAUCCUUUGAAACUGAAACUCGUCCGCCGGGAGGCCUCCUAAUUCUCCUGCUGAUGGCAGCUCUCAUCGACCCAGGAGUGACCAGUCAUAACCCCCAUCAACCUGCUAAGAUCACAUGGAAACUCAACGACGGGCAAACUCAUGAGCUGCUCAAUGAGACCUCAGGAAUCCACCCUCCAAACACCUGGUGGCCAGACCUGAACUUCGACCUCUCAAGCCUCUUCGCAAAGCAGGACGGUCUCUAUGAUAAGUCCUAUAGGGAUGGGAUAAAAAACCAUAGGUUGGGGUUUUGGGCUUGCCCGGGCUAUGUAAGAAAUAACUGGAAAACCUGUGGUGGCAUAGAAAGCUAUUAUUGCAGGAGCUGGAGUUGUGUGACCUCUUGUGAUGGACCCCAGAGGUGGGAUGUCGGAAACAGAGAUCUAGUUAGCUUCACCUUCAAGGACCGUAGACACCAGGGGCCUCAGGUACGAGUACAAUUUAACCAGGAACGGGCGAAGAAAGAAAACCGCUGGACCUCAGGACUGACUUGGGGUUUUCAGCUUCACGUAAAUUGGCCCGGCCCCUACCCAGGCGAGCUUUUAAUCAUUAAACAGGUUAUUGAGCCGGUGCAGGUACAUAGUUUAGGUCCCAAUCUGGUCAAAGCAUUACAGGGGCAUAAGGCGACCCCCAAGCCAACCACCUUCAGACCAAGCUUGCCGGGAACAUUUAACAUCUCCUCUACCCCGAGCCUCAGAGGCAAACUGACAGAAACCCCUGGCCCUCUGGCUGUUACCAUUAGCUCAGCAAUUCAGGACCCCCUAUGGGCCUUAGUGAAUGCAGCCUUUACGGUCUUAAACCAUACCAACCCUAAUGCGACCCAGUCCUGUUGGCUUUGUUAUAAUCUUCACCCACCCUUCUAUGAGGCCAUAGGCCUCAAUGUCUCUUACCACUUAUCUUCAGGCCAGAACCCACCCCCAUGCCGAUGGGAAGAACGCAAGGUUGGCCUCACAAUGAAUGAAGUCUGGGGACAGGGACUCUGUUUGGGCACAGUGCCACGUGAUAAAACUUCCCUCUGUGCCCGGACUAUUAGUAACCUACGCUUACACGGCAAACAUUGGAUUGUGCCAGAGGUUGGGGGUUGGUGGAUUUGUUCACAUACUGGGCUAACCCCAUGUUUACAUUGUGAAGAUUUUUAACCAGAGUCAAGAAUUCUGUGUCCUGGUUGCUGUAAUGCCAAAAAUCUUAUACCACUCUGAAGAGGUUAUGUACUCACACUGGGACCGGGAAUUGCUAAGACAAAAGAGAGAGCCAAUCAGUGCAAUCACCAUGGCAGCCUUGUUCAGUCUUGGGCUGGCAGGAGCAGGGACAGGAAUAGCUUCACUAUCUCUGCAAGGCCAAGGGUUUUCCUCCCUACGAGCCGCCAUAGAUGAAGAUAUAACUCGCAUAGAAGAAUCAAUCAGCCACUUAGAGAAGUCUCUGACUUCCUUGUCUGAGGUGGUCUUGCAGAAUAGGAGAGGAUUAGACUUGAUUUUUCUCCAACACGGUGGGGUCUGCGCGGUUCUGGGAGAAGAAUGUUGUUUCUAUGCAGACCACACAGGAGUGGUAAGAGAAUCUAUGGCAAAAGUAAGAGAAGGGCUGGCGCAAUGAAAGAGGGAACGGGAGGCCCAACAGGGAUGGUUUGAGUCUUGGUUUCAACGCUCCCCCUGGCUGAACACCUUAGUUUCCACCCUCCUGGGCCCGCUUAUAGUGCUAUUAUUAACACUUACAUUUGGCCCUUGUAUUUUAAACCGGCUAAUGUCAUUUAUUAAAGAACGUCUAAAUACCAUUCAGAUUAUGGUAUUGAGGCAGCAAUAUCAGAUGGUAGCCCAGGAUGAAGAGAAAGAUUCCUCUACAGGAACAACAAGACAGGGGGGAAUGUGAGGCUGCCAGGGUUAAUACCGUGACGGGCGGCCUGGACCUAAGUUUUAGCUUCCCCCGAAAUGGUAAGAUUCCCUACCCCCAUCAGGUAACCUGGAGCCAGCCAAUCAAUAUGCGCCCAGUAAGAACAAAGGGAGAGCUGAAAAGCCCGUGAACGCCCAGGUUUGAAAAAAGCCCGCGAAAAUCUGUACCAAUAGAAUUGCCUUGCAAACAUGUAACCAAUCCGCUUAAGCCAGCUACUAACCGCUUUUGCAUAUCUUAUAAAUUUGUGUAACAAGCUUGAGCUCAGCGCUUUCUGACCCUGCACCACUGUGAUGUUUGUGGCAGAAAGCCCUGGCUCGAGACAGUAAUAAACUUCCCUUUUUUGCGAGUUGCAUUGUCUUGGAAGCCUUCUCUCUCUUCCCGCUCGGAUUCGGACAUCGGGCAUAACGUUUGGGGGCUCGUCUGGGAUCCCUUGACCGGGAGAAGGGAACGCUUACAGGACAAAGGGGAAGGAUAAAUAAUAACACCGGUGCUCAGGAAAGUCCAGAGUAAAUCCAAGGCCCUGCUGGGAAGCAGGGAGGUAUCUGGCACAGAAGGAAGGCUUUCUAUAAAGGGGGGCCAGCCGGCAUGAGGCCAGCGGAUGCGCUGGGAGGCAGCUGACUCCGCGGGAAGGAAAGUUCCUCUACCGACCCCGAGUCUGGUGAAAAGCGGACGCCAUUCUGUAAGGUGAAUCUGCUACCGGGAGGCAAGAAAAUUCAGGGGGCCCGAAAACCCAGCGCUGUGUCGUCGGCCGACGUUUGUUUGUCCGUGUGUUUGUCUUUGGCUCUCCGUGUUUUUGUGUGUGCCGGCAUUGUCUCUAGUCUCGUUCUCUUCUGGUGCAUCGUUCUUUCUCACUUCUGACUUUUUCUCCUUCUCUUCUUCUCUGAUCUGCCCUCAACUCCUUUUCUUUUCGGGAGUUUCAGUGAACAGGCGAACGGUUGUGGGGGCAUUUGAUGAGUCCUGGCCAGGGCUACACUCUGGCGGACUCUGAAGGCCCUACAAUAAGUAAGCCUCAGUAACUAGAGCCCGACCGGGUGAAACUCUCCUUUAACAUCCCUAACUGAGGACGUGGCCUAAAAUUCUUCUUGUGGGCACGGGUCAGGCACUUAAAGGCCAUUAGGGCACCUGCCACUUGAAGACUCCCGUGAGAGGAUAAGGGGGUCACGGAACGGACUAGAAACCCCUAGGGUGCCCGCCCCCAGCAAGAAAACUUCCGUGCAACGACGCCGGCACAUAAACAGUUCCAAAAGCAUACCAUAAGCCCAACCUCUUGGCCGCCACCACUCCCGGUAGGAUUUUUGGUGGUCGUUCUCAGUGACUUCCUCUCUCUCUUCCUUACCGUUUAUUCUUUGACCAUGGGGCAGGGAGAAUCUACCCCACUUUCUCUCAUGACUGACCAUUUUUCGGAUGUCAGGGCCAGGGCCCAUAACUUGUCUUUGCUAGUCAAGAAAAGUAAAUUAAUAACUUUUUGUUCUGCAGUGGCCCGCCUUUCAGGUUGGAUGGCCUCCGGAAGGCACCUUUCAACCGUCCAUCAUACAGGCUGUGAAGGAGAAGAUUAUGGCUCCUGAUCCCUGGGGCCAUCCGAGUCAGGUCCCCUAUGUCAUGGUCUGGCAGGAUCUAGUGGAAAAUCCGCCUAAAUGGUUAAAACCUUUUGUUCACAAACUUCCUAGUUCCUCCAAUUCACAGGUCCUGGUGAUGGAGACCCCCCGGAGGAAACCAAAAAGAAAGAGGACCCAAAACCAGUCCUUCAGGAAUCAUCUUAUCCAAACCUGAUAGAUCUAGAAACGGAGAUAAGGCCUCUGCCAUAUGUGCCCUCCUUGCAAUCCCCUCCGAGGAGAGAAGCUCCCACAGGUGAACCGAGAGGAUUAAGAGGGCCAACGGGAACCGACCGUGAGGGGGGGCUGGCAUUGGGGACCCGGGGGAAAACUAAGGGAGAUAGGGGUAAGCAAGACCCUGGGGCCCCAGAGUUACCUUCAUCCACUGUUCAGGCGCUCCCCGUCCGAGUGGGACCAACUAACCCGGACGGAGAGCGAACCUAUCAGUACUGGCCCUUUUCCACGAGUGACCUGUACAAUUGGAAGACCCAAAACCCUCCUUUCUCAGAGAAACCCCAAGGCCUCAUUGACCUCUUAGAUUCCAUUUUGUUCACUCAUAAUCCCACCUGGGAUGAUUGUCAGCAGCUGUUGCAGGUGCUCUUCACCACGGAAGAACGGGAGCGAAUUCUGGCAGAGGCGCGGAAACGGGCCCCAGGGGUCGACGGGAGGCCAACCGCCCAGCCUCAUCUUGUGGACGAGGGGUUUCCCCUGUUGCGGCCUAACUGGGAUUUUGAGCGGGUGGAAGGUAGGGAGCGUCUCCGAGUGUACCGCCAGACUCUAAUGGCUGGCCUGCGGGCUGCAGCAAGAAAGCCGACAAAUCUGGCAAAGGUAAAUUUAGUAAGGCAAGAGCCCACUGAAAGCCCGGCAGCCUUCCUAGAGAGGCUGAUGGAAGCUUUCAGGCAAUAUACACCUAUGGACCCCCAGGCUGAGGAGUCACGCGCUGCAGUUCUGUUAGCGUUCGUGAAUCAGGCAGCCCCAGAUAUUAGGAAGAAAUUACAAAAGGUAGAGGGAUUGGGAGAACAGACAAUACAGGAUUUACUGAAAGUAGCUGAAAAGGUAUUUAAUAAUAGGGAAACCCCAGAAGAAAGGGAAGAGCGAAUUCGGCGGGAGGAAAGGGAAUUAGCGGAGAAGAUCAGGAAAGAAGAUAGGGAACAUAGGGCGAGGGAAAACCGGAAGAACCAGAAGGAGCUAGCCCAGAUUCUUUUUGCGGGGAUAAAGGCCGGAACAGAAUUGAGGGAACCUCGAGACCCCCGGACGGGAGAAAAAGAAAAACCAAAAAGGCAGGCCCUAAAGAAGGAUCAGUGCGCCUACUGCAAAGAACAGGGGCACUGGAAAAACGAGUGCCCUAAGAGGGACUCAAGGAGAGGAAUGACCCAGAGAGAGAAAAUCCCCCCUGGAACUCGAGUUCUAUAUGCGGGGGAAGACAGUGACUAGGGGAGUCGAGACUCGGCACCCCUCCCCGAGUCCUGGGUAGCCAUACAUGUGGAGGGGAAACCCGUUGGCUUCAUGGUAGAUACUGGCGCCCAACACUCUGUUUUAAAUAAAAAACUGGGACCAAUGUCUAAGAAAACCAGCUUAGUGCAAGGAGCCAUGGGGACAAAAAGAUAUUGUUGGACCACAGAAUGGAAAGUAAAUCUGGGGACCCACCAGGUGUCCCAUUCGUUUUUGGUGAUACCAGAAUGCCCAGCCCCUCUACUUGGAAGAGACUUGUUGACUAAAGUUAAUGCUCAGAUCCAUUUUGACCCCGGGGGAAUGUCAGUCACGGAUGGACUUGGACAACCGAUACAUGUCUUGUCCCUAGCCUUAAGAGAUGAAUACAGACUUUUUGCGCCUAAGCCCUCAGAGACCAUAGCACUAGAUGUACAACCGUGGGUCCAUAAAUAUCCAUUGGCCUGGGCAGAAACAGCAGGAAUGGGACUAGCCAAACAGAGACAUCCGGUCGUCAUCGAGCUAAAGGCCGAGGCAGUUCCUGUGAGGGUGAGACAGUACCCUAUGAGCCAAGAAGCUCGGCGGGGGAUCACUCCCCACAUUCGACGGCUCAUGGAGGCCGGAAUUCUCAGGCGAUGCCAAUCCCCACACCCCCUUACUGCCGGUGAAGAAGCCAGGGGGGACAGAUUACAGACCUGUCCAAGACCUGCGAGAAGUCAACAAACGGGUGAGUGACAUACACCCAACUGUCCCUAACCCGUAUACCCUCCUGAGCAGUUUACUGCCUGAGUACACUUGGUACACUGUGCUGGACUUGAAGGAUGCCUUUUUCAGCCUACCCCUGGCAGUUCGGAGCCAGGAGAUAUUUGCCUUUGAGUGGACUGAGGGGGAGGGCCAACCGGUAGUACAAUUAACUUGGACCCGCCUCCCACAGGGGUUCAAGAACUCCCCUACCUUGUUUAAUGAGGCUCUGAGUGAGGACCUCUAAGAAUAUCGGGCUUGCCACCCAGAGGUCAUUCUGCUACAAUAUGUAGAUGACCUUAUGUUGGCUGGAACCACAGAGGAAGCUUGCAGCCGUGCCACUGGGGACCUAUUACAGACCCUAGGCAUCUCGGGGUAUCGCGCUAGCGCAAAGAAGGCACAAAUAGCCCGGCAAGAGGUCACCUAUUUGGGGUAUAAGAUCAGGCAGGGGCAAAGGUGGCUAACCCAGGCCAUGAAAGAAACAAUAUUGCAGAUACCAGAGCCCAAAAACCCCCGCCAGGUGAGAGAGUUUCUGGGGACUGUUGGAUAUUGCAGACUGUGGAUUAUGGGGUUUGCUGAGAAGGCCCGGCCCUUAUAUGAGGGAAGUAAAGAGACCCCAAACUGGACUUGGACUGAGCCAAUGAAACAGGCUUUCCAGACACUCAGACGGGCCCUACUAGAAGCCCCAGCCCUUGCCCUGCCUAACCCAAAUAAGCCAUUCCAGCUGUUUGUAGAUGAAAAGCAAGGAAUAGGAAAGGGGGUCUUGACUCAACAAUGGGGACCAUGGAAGCGGCCGGUAGCAUACCUUUCGAAGCGAUUAGACCCGGUGGCCGCUGGGUGGCCCCCUUGCCUUCGCAUCAUUGCAGCUACAGCCCUCCUCGUCCGCGACGCUGACAAGUUGACGUAUGGACAGCAACUCUCGGUUUACACCCCCCACGCCGUAGAAGGGGUUUUAAAGCAGCCGCCGGGUAAGUGGAUCUCCAAUGCCCGCUUGACACACUACCAGGCCUUGCUGCUCGAUGCCCCAUGGGUGCGUUUUCAGACCCCUUGCUUCCUAAAUCCGGCCACGCUCUUACCCAACCCAGAGAAGGACAGCCCUCUCCACGAUUGCAGUGAGAUACUGGCUGAGGCCCUGGCGGCACGAAAAGACUUAACUGAUGUACCCCUAAGCAACAGGGAGCUAGUAUGGUUCACCGAUGGGAGCAGUUAUGUAAAAGAUGGGCAAAGGAAGGCGGGAGCCGCCAUAGUUGAUGAUUCAGGGCAGACGAUAUGGGCUGAGACACUACCCCCAAACACUUCUGCACAAAAAGCAGAAUUGAUUGCCCUAACACAGGCUCUGGAGCAAGCCAAAGGGAAGAGAGUCACCAUUUUUACUGACAGCCGAUAUGCUUUCAGCACUGCCCAUAUGCAAGGUCCCAUAUACCAAGAAAGGGGAUUUCGGACAGCUGAGGGAAAAGAGGUCAAAAAUCUGCCUGAGAUUCGCAGGAUCUUGGAAGCUGUCCAACUACCCCAGGCAGUAGCUAUAGUACAUGUCCCCGGUCACCAGAAAGGAGAAGACCCUAAGGCGCGGGGCAAUCGUGCUGCUGAUGCGGCCGCUCGAGAAGCGGCUAGCCGGGACUAUGCUGCCCUCAUAUUAGCCGUGGGACUUCCACCUCCUUGUUUGGGGACCUUGCCACCAGUUCCCGAAUAUUCCCUCCCUGAUCUCGCCUGGAUCAACAAGGAUACCACCCUCCAGAAAGAUGACCAAGAUGGAUGGUACCGAGACCAAAUCAACAACCUGAUCUUGCCUGCCACCCUGGGUCGUCACCUGUGUGAACACCUGCACACAACUACACACUUGGGAGAAAAAAAGACCCUAACACUUCUCCAGACGGCCUGCCUGAGGUUCCCUCGACAAAAUGCCACUGUACGAGAGAUAAUUCAAGCCUGCAAAGCGUGCCAGCUGAUGAGGGCAGAGAAGAAGCAGCACUCGGGAACGAGGUACCGAGCGGAAAAGCCAGGGCAACAUUGGGAGAUAGAUUUCACUGAGGUAAGGCCAGGCAAGUACGGGUACCGCUAUCUGUUGGUUCUGGUAGAUACCUUCUCGGGGUGGGUGGAAGCUUUCCCCACUAAGGGAGAGACAGCAAUAGUGGUUGCUAAAAAGAUCUUAGAGGAGAUAGGGCCUAGGUAUGGGCUGCCAGUGACUAUGGGCUCUGAUAAUGGACCUGCCUUUGUGAGCCAGAUUGUACAAGGGCUGGCCCAAGCUCUGGGGAUGAAAUGGAAGUUACAUUGCUAAUAUAAUCCCCAGAGCUCAGGACAGGUUGAGAGAAUGAAUCGGACCCUAAAAGAAACUUUGACAAAGUUGGCAAUAGAGACUGGCGGGGACUGGGUGACCCUCCUCCCCUUUGCACUCUUUCGGGCACGUAACACCCCUUAUAAGCUGAAUCUUACUCCUUUUGAGAUUCUGUAUGGAAGACCCCCUCCUGUGUAUCCUAUUUUCGAAGGAAAAUGUCUGCCACCCCCUACUUUGGGACAAUUCCAGCAAACUCUGAUAGCAUUAAGUAAGAUGCAUAACCAUGUUUGGAAAUUGAUUCGAGAGAUACAUGAGGGCCAAAACAAGAGGGCCCUCCCCUCACAUAAUAUUGGCCCAGGUGAUUGGGUUUGGGUAAAACGACACCAAUCUAAAGUAUUAGAACCUAGAUGGAAACGCCCUUAUGUUGUUCUUCUUACCACUCCUACCGCUGUCAAGGUCGACAGGAUUGGACCCUGGGUUCACUGCAAUCACGUGCGGCAAGCCACAUCGGAAGAACAGGAAAAAGCGCGAGCAGAAUGGAAGGCGAGUCCUCACCCGUCAAAUCCUUUGAAACUGAAACUCGUCCGCCGGGAGGCCUCCUAAUUCUCCUGCUGAUGGCAGCUCUCAUCGACCCAGGAGUGACCAGUCAUAACCCCCAUCAACCUGCUAAGAUCACAUGGAAACUCAACGACGGGCAAACUCAUGAGCUGCUCAAUGAGACCUCAGGAAUCCACCCUCCAAACACCUGGUGGCCAGACCUGAACUUCGACCUCUCAAGCCUCUUCGCAAAGCAGGACGGUCUCUAUGAUAAGUCCUAUAGGGAUGGGAUAAAAAACCAUAGGUUGGGGUUUUGGGCUUGCCCGGGCUAUGUAAGAAAUAACUGGAAAACCUGUGGUGGCAUAGAAAGCUAUUAUUGCAGGAGCUGGAGUUGUGUGACCUCUUGUGAUGGACCCCAGAGGUGGGAUGUCGGAAACAGAGAUCUAGUUAGCUUCACCUUCAAGGACCGUAGACACCAGGGGCCUCAGGUACGAGUACAAUUUAACCAGGAACGGGCGAAGAAAGAAAACCGCUGGACCUCAGGACUGACUUGGGGUUUUCAGCUUCACGUAAAUUGGCCCGGCCCCUACCCAGGCGAGCUUUUAAUCAUUAAACAGGUUAUUGAGCCGGUGCAGGUACAUAGUUUAGGUCCCAAUCUGGUCAAAGCAUUACAGGGGCAUAAGGCGACCCCCAAGCCAACCACCUUCAGACCAAGCUUGCCGGGAACAUUUAACAUCUCCUCUACCCCGAGCCUCAGAGGCAAACUGACAGAAACCCCUGGCCCUCUGGCUGUUACCAUUAGCUCAGCAAUUCAGGACCCCCUAUGGGCCUUAGUGAAUGCAGCCUUUACGGUCUUAAACCAUACCAACCCUAAUGCGACCCAGUCCUGUUGGCUUUGUUAUAAUCUUCACCCACCCUUCUAUGAGGCCAUAGGCCUCAAUGUCUCUUACCACUUAUCUUCAGGCCAGAACCCACCCCCAUGCCGAUGGGAAGAACGCAAGGUUGGCCUCACAAUGAAUGAAGUCUGGGGACAGGGACUCUGUUUGGGCACAGUGCCACGUGAUAAAACUUCCCUCUGUGCCCGGACUAUUAGUAACCUACGCUUACACGGCAAACAUUGGAUUGUGCCAGAGGUUGGGGGUUGGUGGAUUUGUUCACAUACUGGGCUAACCCCAUGUUUACAUUGUGAAGAUUUUUAACCAGAGUCAAGAAUUCUGUGUCCUGGUUGCUGUAAUGCCAAAAAUCUUAUACCACUCUGAAGAGGUUAUGUACUCACACUGGGACCGGGAAUUGCUAAGACAAAAGAGAGAGCCAAUCAGUGCAAUCACCAUGGCAGCCUUGUUCAGUCUUGGGCUGGCAGGAGCAGGGACAGGAAUAGCUUCACUAUCUCUGCAAGGCCAAGGGUUUUCCUCCCUACGAGCCGCCAUAGAUGAAGAUAUAACUCGCAUAGAAGAAUCAAUCAGCCACUUAGAGAAGUCUCUGACUUCCUUGUCUGAGGUGGUCUUGCAGAAUAGGAGAGGAUUAGACUUGAUUUUUCUCCAACACGGUGGGGUCUGCGCGGUUCUGGGAGAAGAAUGUUGUUUCUAUGCAGACCACACAGGAGUGGUAAGAGAAUCUAUGGCAAAAGUAAGAGAAGGGCUGGCGCAAUGAAAGAGGGAACGGGAGGCCCAACAGGGAUGGUUUGAGUCUUGGUUUCAACGCUCCCCCUGGCUGACCACCUUAGUUUCCACCCUCCUGGGCCCGCUUAUAGUGCUAUUAUUAACACUUACAUUUGGCCCUUGUAUUUUAAACCGGCUAAUGUCAUUUAUUAAAGAACGUCUAAAUACCAUUCAGAUUAUGGUAUUGAGGCAGCAAUAUCAGAUGGUAGCCCAGGAUGAAGAGAAAGAUUCCUCUACAGGAACAACAAGACAGGGGGGAAUGUGAGGCUGCCAGGGUUAAUACCGUGACGGGCGGCCUGGACCUAAGUUUUAGCUUCCCCCGAAAUGGUAAGAUUCCCUACCCCCAUCAGGUAACCUGGAGCCAGCCAAUCAAUAUGCGCCCAGUAAGAACAAAGGGAGAGCUGAAAAGCCCGUGAACGCCCAGGUUUGAAAAAAGCCCGCGAAAAUCUGUACCAAUAGAAUUGCCUUGCAAACAUGUAACCAAUCCGCUUAAGCCAGCUACUAACCGCUUUUGCAUAUCUUAUAAAUUUGUGUAACAAGCUUGAGCUCAGCGCUUUCUGACCCUGCACCACUGUGAUGUUUGUGGCAGAAAGCCCUGGCUCGAGACAGUAAUAAACUUCCCUUUUUUGCGAGUUGCAUUGUCUUGGAAGCCUUCUCUCUCUUCCCGCUCGGAUUCGGACAUCGGGCAUAACGUUUGGGGGCUCGUCUGGGAUCCCUUGACCGGGAGAAGGGAACGCUUACAGGACAAAGGGGAAGGAUAAAUAAUAACACCGGUGCUCAGGAAAGUCCAGAGUAAAUCCAAGGCCCUGCUGGGAAGCAGGGAGGUAUCUGGCACAGAAGGAAGGCUUUCUAUAAAGGGGGGCCAGCCGGCAUGAGGCCAGCGGAUGCGCUGGGAGGCAGCCGACUCCGCGGGAAGGAAAGUUCCUCUACCGACCCCGAGUCUGGUGAAAAGCGGACGCCAUUCUGUAAGGUGAAUCUGCUACCGGGAGGCAAGAAAAUUCAGGGGGCCCGAAAACCCAGCGCUGUGUCGUCGGCCGACGUUUGUUUGUCCGUGUGUUUGUCUUUGGCUCUCCGUGUUUUUGUGUGUGCCGGCAUUGUCUCUAGUCUCGUUCUCUUCUGGUGCAUCGUUCUUUCUCACUUCUGACUUUUUCUCCUUCUCUUCUUCUCUGAUCUGCCCUCAACUCCUUUUCUUUUCGGGAGUUUCAGUGAACAGGCGAACGGUUGUGGGGGCAUUUGAUGAGUCCUGGCCAGGGCUACACUCUGGCGGACUCUGAAGGCCCUACAAUAAGUAAGCCUCAGUAACUAGAGCCCGACCGGGUGAAACUCUCCUUUAACAUCCCUAACUGAGGACGUGGCCUAAAAUUCUUCUUGUGGGCACGGGUCAGGCACUUAAAGGCCAUUAGGGCACCUGCCACUUGAAGACUCCCGUGAGAGGAUAAGGGGGUCACGGAACGGACUAGAAACCCCUAGGGUGCCCGCCCCCAGCAAGAAAACUUCCGUGCAACGACGCCGGCACAUAAACAGUUCCAAAAGCAUACCAUAAGCCCAACCUCUUGGCCGCCACCACUCCCGGUAGGAUUUUUGGUGGUCGUUCUCAGUGACUUCCUCUCUCUCUUCCUUACCGUUUAUUCUUUGACCAUGGGGCAGGGAGAAUCUACCCCACUUUCUCUCAUGACUGACCAUUUUUCGGAUGUCAGGGCCAGGGCCCAUAACUUGUCUUUGCUAGUCAAGAAAAGUAAAUUAAUAACUUUUUGUUCUGCAGUGGCCCGCCUUUCAGGUUGGAUGGCCUCCGGAAGGCACCUUUCAACCGUCCAUCAUACAGGCUGUGAAGGAGAAGAUUAUGGCUCCUGAUCCCUGGGGCCAUCCGAGUCAGGUCCCCUAUGUCAUGGUCUGGCAGGAUCUAGUGGAAAAUCCGCCUAAAUGGUUAAAACCUUUUGUUCACAAACUUCCUAGUUCCUCCAAUUCACAGGUCCUGGUGAUGGAGACCCCCCGGAGGAAACCAAAAAGAAAGAGGACCCAAAACCAGUCCUUCAGGAAUCAUCUUAUCCAAACCUGAUAGAUCUAGAAACGGAGAUAAGGCCUCUGCCAUAUGUGCCCUCCUUGCAAUCCCCUCCGAGGAGAGAAGCUCCCACAGGUGAACCGAGAGGAUUAAGAGGGCCAACGGGAACCGACCGUGAGGGGGGGCUGGCAUUGGGGACCCGGGGGAAAACUAAGGGAGAUAGGGGUAAGCAAGACCCUGGGGCCCCAGAGUUACCUUCAUCCACUGUUCAGGCGCUCCCCGUCCGAGUGGGACCAACUAACCCGGACGGAGAGCGAACCUAUCAGUACUGGCCCUUUUCCACGAGUGACCUGUACAAUUGGAAGACCCAAAACCCUCCUUUCUCAGAGAAACCCCAAGGCCUCAUUGACCUCUUAGAUUCCAUUUUGUUCACUCAUAAUCCCACCUGGGAUGAUUGUCAGCAGCUGUUGCAGGUGCUCUUCACCACGGAAGAACGGGAGCGAAUUCUGGCAGAGGCGCGGAAACGGGCCCCAGGGGUCGACGGGAGGCCAACCGCCCAGCCUCAUCUUGUGGACGAGGGGUUUCCCCUGUUGCGGCCUAACUGGGAUUUUGAGCGGGUGGAAGGUAGGGAGCGUCUCCGAGUGUACCGCCAGACUCUAAUGGCUGGCCUGCGGGCUGCAGCAAGAAAGCCGACAAAUCUGGCAAAGGUAAAUUUAGUAAGGCAAGAGCCCACUGAAAGCCCGGCAGCCUUCCUAGAGAGGCUGAUGGAAGCUUUCAGGCAAUAUACACCUAUGGACCCCCAGGCUGAGGAGUCACGCGCUGCAGUUCUGUUAGCGUUCGUGAAUCAGGCAGCCCCAGAUAUUAGGAAGAAAUUACAAAAGGUAGAGGGAUUGGGAGAACAGACAAUACAGGAUUUACUGAAAGUAGCUGAAAAGGUAUUUAAUAAUAGGGAAACCCCAGAAGAAAGGGAAGAGCGAAUUCGGCGGGAGGAAAGGGAAUUAGCGGAGAAGAUCAGGAAAGAAGAUAGGGAACAUAGGGCGAGGGAAAACCAGAAGAACCAGAAGGAGCUAGCCCAGAUUCUUUUUGCGGGGAUAAAGGCCGGAACAGAAUUGAGGGAACCUCGAGACCCCCGGACGGGAGAAAAAGAAAAACCAAAAAGGCAGGCCCUAAAGAAGGAUCAGUGCGCCUACUGCAAAGAACAGGGGCACUGGAAAAACGAGUGCCCUAAGAGGGACUCAAGGAGAGGAAUGACCCAGAGAGAGAAAAUCCCCCCUGGAACUCGAGUUCUAUAUGCGGGGUAAGACAGUGACUAGGGGAGUCGAGACUCGGCACCCCUCCCCGAGUCCUGGGUAGCCAUACAUGUGGAGGGGAAACCCGUUGGCUUCAUGGUAGAUACUGGCGCCCAACACUCUGUUUUAAAUAAAAAACUGGGACCAAUGUCUAAGAAAACCAGCUUAGUGCAAGGAGCCAUGGGGACAAAAAGAUAUUGUUGGACCACAGAAUGGAAAGUAAAUCUGGGGACCCACCAGGUGUCCCAUUCGUUUUUGGUGAUACCAGAAUGCCCAGCCCCUCUACUUGGAAGAGACUUGUUGACUAAAGUUAAUGCUCAGAUCCAUUUUGACCCCGGGGGAAUGUCAGUCACGGAUGGACUUGGACAACCGAUACAUGUCUUGUCCCUAGCCUUAAGAGAUGAAUACAGACUUUUUGCGCCUAAGCCCUCAGAGACCAUAGCACUAGAUGUACAACCGUGGGUCCAUAAAUAUCCAUUGGCCUGGGCAGAAACAGCAGGAAUGGGACUAGCCAAACAGAGACAUCCGGUCGUCAUCGAGCUAAAGGCCGAGGCAGUUCCUGUGAGGGUGAGACAGUACCCUAUGAGCCAAGAAGCUCGGCGGGGGAUCACUCCCCACAUUCGACGGCUCAUGGAGGCCGGAAUUCUCAGGCGAUGCCAAUCCCCACACCCCCUUACUGCCGGUGAAGAAGCCAGGGGGGAAAGAUUACAGACCUGUCCAAGACCUGCGAGAAGUCAACAAACGGGUGAGUGACAUACACCCAACUGUCCCUAACCCGUAUACCCUCCUGAGCAGUUUACUGCCUGAGUACACUUGGUACACUGUGCUGGACUUGAAGGAUGCCUUUUUCAGCCUACCCCUGGCAGUUCGGGGCCAGGAGAUAUUUGCCUUUGAGUGGACUGAGGGGGAGGGCCAACCGGUAGUACAAUUAACUUGGACCCGCCUCCCACAGGGGUUCAAGAACUCCCCUACCUUGGUUAAUGAGGCUCUGAGUGAGGACCUCUAAGAAUAUCGGGCUUGCCACCCAGAGGUCAUUCUGCUACAAUAUGUAGAUGACCUUAUGUUGGCUGGAACCACAGAGGAAGCUUGCAGCCGUGCCACUGGGGACCUAUUACAGACCCUAGGCAUCUCGGGGUAUCGCGCUAGCGCAAAGAAGGCACAAAUAGCCCGGCAAGAGGUCACCUAUUUGGGGUAUAAGAUCAGGCAGGGGCAAAGGUGGCUAACCCAGGCCAUGAAAGAAACAAUAUUGCAGAUACCAGAGCCCAAAAACCCCCGCCAGGUGAGAGAGUUUCUGGGGACUGUUGGAUAUUGCAGACUGUGGAUUAUGGGGUUUGCUGAGAAGGCCCAGCCCUUAUAUGAGGGAAGUAAAGAGACCCCAAACUGGACUUGGACUGAGCCAAUGAAACAGGCUUUCCAGACACUCAGACGGGCCCUACUAGAAGCCCCAGCCCUUGCCCUGCCUAACCCAAAUAAGCCAUUCCAGCUGUUUGUAGAUGAAAAGCAAGGAAUAGGAAAGGGGGUCUUGACUCAACAAUGGGGACCAUGGAAGCGGCCGGUAGCAUACCUUUCGAAGCGAUUAGACCCGGUGGCCGCUGGGUGGCCCCCUUGCCUUCGCAUCAUUGCAGCUACAGCCCUCCUCGUCCGCGACGCUGACAAGUUGACGUAUGGACAGCAACUCUCGGUUUACACCCCCCACGCCGUAGAAGGGGUUUUAAAGCAGCCGCCGGGUAAGUGGAUCUCCAGUGCCCGCUUGACACACUACCAGGCCUUGCUGCUCGAUGCCCCAUGGGUGCGUUUUCAGACCCCUUGCUUCCUAAAUCCGGCCACGCUCUUACCCAACCCAGAGAAGGACAGCCCUCUCCACGAUUGCAGUGAGAUACUGGCUGAGGCCCUGGCGGCACGAAAAGACUUAACUGAUGUACCCCUAAGCAACAGGGAGCUAGUAUGGUUCACCGAUGGGAGCAGUUAUGUAAAAGAUGGGCAAAGGAAGGCGGGAGCCGCCAUAGUUGAUGAUUCAGGGCAGACGAUAUGGGCUGAGACACUACCCCCAAACACUUCUGCACAAAAAGCAGAAUUGAUUGCCCUAACACAGGCUCUGGAGCAAGCCAAAGGGAAGAGAGUCACCAUUUUUACUGACAGCCGAUAUGCUUUCAGCACUGCCCAUAUGCAAGGUCCCAUAUACCAAGAAAGGGGAUUUCGGACAGCUGAGGGAAAAGAGGUCAAAAAUCUGCCUGAGAUUCGCAGGAUCUUGGAAGCUGUCCAACUACCCCAGGCAGUAGCUAUAGUACAUGUCCCCGGUCACCAGAAAGGAGAAGACCCUAAGGCGCGGGGCAAUCGUGCUGCUGAUGCGGCCGCUCGAGAAGCGGCUAGCCGGGACUAUGCUGCCCUCAUAUUAGCCGUGGGACUUCCACCUCCUUGUAUGGGGACCUUGCCACCAGUUCCCGAAUAUUCCCUCCCUGAUCUCGCCUGGAUCAACAAGGAUACCACCCUCCAGAAAGAUGACCAAGAUGGAUGGUACUGAGACCAAAUCAACAACCUGAUCUUGCCUGCCACCCUGGGUCGUCACCUGUGUGAACACCUGCACACAACUACACACUUGGGAGAAAAAAAGACCCUAACACUUCUCCAGACGGCCUGCCUGAGGUUCCCUCGACAAAAUGCCACUGUACGAGAGAUAAUUCAAGCCUGCGAAGCGUGCCAGCUGAUGAGGGCAGAGAAGAAGCAGCACUCGGGAACGAGGUCGACAGGAUUGGACCCUGGGUUCACUGCAAUCACGUGCGGCAAGCCACAUCGGAAGAACAGGAAAAAGCGCGAGCAGAAUGGAAGGCGAGUCCUCACCCGUCAAAUCCUUUGAAACUGAAACUCGUCCGCCGGGAGGCCUCCUAAUUCUCCUGCUGAUGGCAGCUCUCAUCGACCCAGGAGCGACCAGUCAUAACCCCCAUCAACCUGCUAAGAUCACAUGGAAACUCAACGACGGGCAAACUCAUGAGCUGCUCAAUGAGACCUCAGGAAUCCACCCUCCAAACACCUGGUGGCCGGACCUGAACUUCGACCUCUCAAGCCUCUUCGCAAAGCAGGACGGUCUCUAUGAUAAGUCCUAUAGGGAUGGGAUAAAAAACCAUAGGUUGGGGUUUUGGGCUUGCCCGGGCUAUGUAAGAAAUAACUGGAAAACCUGUGGUGGCAUAGAAAGCUAUUAUUGCAGGAGCUGGAGUUGUUUGACCUCUUGUGAUGGACCCCAGACGUGGGAUGUCGGAAACAGAGAUCUAGUUAGCUUCACCUUCAAGGACCGUAGACACCAGGGGCCUCAGGUACGAGUACAAUUUAACCAGGAACGGGCGAAGAAAGAAAACCGCUGGACCUCAGGACUGACUUGGGGUUUUCAGCUUCACGUAAAUUGGCCCGGCCCCUACCCAGGCGAGCUUUUAAUCAUUAAACAGGUUAUUGAGCCGGUGCAGGUACAUAGUUUAGGUCCCAAUCUGGUCAAAGCAUUACAGGGGCAUAAGGCGACCCCCAAGCCAACCACCUUCAGACCAAGCUUGCCGGGAACAUUUAACAUCUCCUCUACCCCGAGCCUCAGAGGCAAACUGACAGAAACCCCUGGCCCUCUGGCUGUUACCAUUAGCUCAGCAAUUCAGGACCCCCUAUGGGCCUUAGUGAAUGCAGCCUUUACGGUCUUAAACCAUACCAACCCUAAUGCGACCCAGUCCUGUUGGCUUUGUUAUAAUCUUCACCCACCCUUCUAUGAGGCCAUAGGCCUCAAUGUCUCUUACCACUUAUCUUCAGGCCAGAACCCACCCCCAUGCCGAUGGGAAGAACGCAAGGUUGGCCUCACAAUGAAUGAAGUCUGGGGACAGGGACUCUGUUUGGGCACAGUGCCACGUGAUAAAACUUCCCUCUGUGCCCGGACUAUUAGUAACCUACGCUUACACGGCAAACAUUGGAUUGUGCCAGAGGUUGGGGGUUGGUGGAUUUGUUCACAUACUGGGCUAACCCCAUGUUUACAUUGUGAAGAUUUUUAACCAGAGUCAAGAAUUCUGUGUCCUGGUUGCUGUAAUGCCAAAAAUCUUAUACCACUCUGAAGAGGUUAUGUACUCACAUUGGGACCGGGAAUUGCUAAGACAAAAGAGAGAGCCAAUCAGUGCGAUCACCAUGGCAGCCUUGUUCAGUCUUGGGCUGGCAGGAGCAGGGACAGGUAUAGCUUCACUAUCUCUGCAAGGCCAAGGGUUUUCCUCCCUACGAGCCGCCAUAGAUGAAGAUAUAACUCGCAUAGAAGAAUCAAUCAGCCACUUAGAGAAGUCUCUGACUUCCGUGUCUGAGGUGGUCUUGCAGAAUAGGAGAGGAUUAGACUUGAUUUUUCUCCAACACGGUGGGGUCUGCGCGGCUCUGGGAGAAGAAUGUUGUUUCUAUGCAGACCAUACAGGAGUGGUAAGAGAAUCUAUGGCAAAAGUAAGAGAAGGGCUGGCGCAACGAAAGAGGGAACGGGAGGCCCAACAGGGAUGGUUUGAGUCUUGGUUUCAACGCUCCCCCUGGCUGAACACCUUAGUUUCCACCCUCCUGGGCCCGCUUAUAGUGCUAUUAUUAACACUUACAUUUGGCCCUUGUAUUUUAAACCGGCUAAUGUCAUUUAUUAAAGAACGUCUAAAUACCAUUCAGAUUAUGGUAUUGAGGCAGCAAUAUCAGAUGGUAGCCCAGGAUGAAGAGAAAGAUUCCUCUACAGGAACAACAAGACAGGGGGGAAUGUGAGGCUGCCAGGGUUAAUACCGUGACGGGCGGCCUGGACCUAAGUUUUAGCUUCCCCCGAAAUGGUAAGAUUCCCUACCCCCAUCAGGUAACCUGGAGCCAGCCAAUCAAUAUGCGCCCAGUAAGAACAAAGGGAGAGCUGAAAAGCCCGUGAACGCCCAGGUUUGAAAAAAGCCCGCGAAAGUCUGUACCAAUAGAAUUGCUUUGCAAGCAUGUAACCAAUCCGCUUAAGCCAGCUACUAACCGCUUUUGCAUAUCUUAUAAAUUUGUGUAACAAGCUUGAGCUCGGCGCUUUCUGACCCUGCACCACUGUGAUGUUUGUGGCAGAAAGCCCUGGCUCGAGACAGUAAUAAACUUCCCUUUUUUGCGAGUUGCAUUGUCUUGGAAGCCUUCUCUCUCUUCCCGCUCGGGGAUUCGGACAUCGGGCAUAACAUUUGGGGAUCGUCCGGGAUCCCUUGACAGGGAGAAGGGAACGCUUACAGGACAAAGGGGAAGGAUAAAUAAUAACACCGGUGCUCAGGAAAGUCCAGAGUAAAUCCAAGGCCCUGCUGGGAAGCAGGGAGGUAUCUGGCACAGAAGGAAGGCUUUCUAUAAAGGGGGGCCAGCCGGCGAGAGGCCGAGGCCAGCGGAUGCGCUGGGAGGCAGCCGACUCCGCGGGAAGGAAAGUUCCUCUACCGACCCCGAGUCUGGUGAAAAGCGGACGCCAUUCUGUAAGGUGAAUCUGCUACCGGGAGGCAAGAAAAUUCAGGGGGCCCGAAAACCCAGCGCUGUGUCGUCGGCCGACGUUUGUUUGUCCGUGUGUUUGUCUUUGGCUCUCCGUGUUUUUGUGUGUGCCGGCAUUAUCUCUAGACUCGUUCUCUUCUGGUGCAUCGUUCUUUCUCACUUCUGACUUUUUCUCCUUCUCUUCUUCUCUGAUCUGCCCUCAACUCCUUUUCUUUUCGGGAGUUUCAGUGAACAGGCGAACGGUUGUGGGGGCAUUUGAUGAGUCCUGGCCAGGGCUACACUCUGGCGGACUCUGAAGGCCCUGCAAUAAGUAAGCCUCAGUAACUAGAGCCCGACCGGGUGAAACUCUCCUUUAACAUCCCUAACUGAGGACGUGGCCUAAAAUUCUUCUUGUAGGCACGGGCCAGGCACUUAAAGGCCAUUAGGGCACCUGCCACUUGAAGACUCCCGUGAGAGGAUAAGGGGGUCACGGAACGGACUAGAAACCCCUAGGGUGCCCGCCCCCAGCAAGAAAACUUCCGUGCAAUGACGCCGGCACAUAAACAGUUCCAAAAGCAUACCAUAAGCCCAACCUCUUGGCCGCCACCACUCCCGGUAGGAUUUUUGGUGGUCGUUCUCAGUGACUUCCUCUCUCUCUUCCUUGCCGUUUAUUCUUUGACCAUGGGGCAGGGAGAAUCUACCCCACUUUCUCUCAUGACUGACCAUUUUUCGGAUGUCAGGGCCAGGGCCCAUAACUUGUCUUUGCUAGUCAAGAAAAGUAAAUUAAUAACUUUUUGUUCUGCAGAGUGGCCCGCCUUUCAGGUUGGAUGGCCUCCGGAAGGCACCUUUCAACCGUCCAUCAUACAGGCUGUGAAGGAGAAGAUUAUGGCUCCUGAUCCCUGGGGCCAUCCGAGUCAGGUCCCCUAUGUCAUGGUCUGGCAGGAUCUAGUGGAAAAUCCGCCUAAAUGGUUAAAACCUUUUGUUCACAAACUUCCUAGUUCCUCCAAUUCACAGGUCCUGGUGAUGGAGACCCCCCGGAGGAAACCAAAAAGAAAGAGGACCCAAAACCAGUCCUUCAGGAAUCAUCUUAUCCAAACCUGAUAGAUCUAGAAACGGAGAUAAGGCCUCCGCCAUAUGUGCCCUCCUUCCAAUCCCCUCCGAGGAGAGAAGCUCCCACAGGUGAACCGAGAGGAUUAAGAGGGCCAACGGGAACCGACUGUGAGGGGGGGGGGGCUGGCAUUGGGGACCCGGGGGAAAACUAAGGGAGAUAGGGGUAAGCAAGACCCUGGGGCCCCAGAGUUACCUUCAUCCACUGUUCAGGCGCUCCCCGUCCGAGUGGGACCAACUAACCCGGACGGAGAGCGAACCUAUCAGUACUGGCCCUUUUCCACGAGUGACCUGUACAAUUGGAAGACCCAAAACCCUCCUUUCUCAGAGAAACCCCAAGGCCUCAUUGACCUCUUAGAUUCCAUUUUGUUCACUCAUAAUCCCACCUGGGAUGAUUGUCAGCAGCUGUUGCAGGUGCUCUUCACCACGGAAGAACGGGAGCGAAUUCUGGCAGAGGCGCGGAAACGGGUCCCAGGGGUCGACGGGAGGCCAACCGCCCAGCCUCAUCUUGUGGACGAGGGGUUUCCCCUGUUGCGGCCUAACUGGGAUUUUGAGCGGGUGGAAGGUAGGGAGCAUCUCCGAGUGUACCGCCAGACUCUAAUGGCUGGCCUGCGGGCUGCAGCAAGAAAGCCGACAAAUCUGGCAAAGGUAAAUUUAGUAAGGCAAGAGCCCACUGAAAGCCCGGCAGCCUUCCUAGAGAGGCUGAUGGAAGCUUUCAGGCAAUAUACACCUAUGGACCCCCAGGCUGAGGAGUCACGCGCUGCAGUUCUGUUAGCGUUCGUGAAUCAGGCAGCCCCAGAUAUUAGGAAGAAAUUACAAAAGGUAGAGGGAUUGGGAGAACAGACAAUACAGGAUUUACUGAAAGUAGCUGAAAAGGUAUUUAAUAAUAGGGAGACCCCAGAAGAAAGGGAAGAGCGAAUUCGGCGGGAGGAAAGGGAAUUAGCGGAGAAGAUCAGGAAAGAAGAUAGGGAACAUAGGGCGAGGGAAAACCGGAAGAACCAGAAGGAGCUAGCCCAGAUUCUUUUUGCGGGGAUAAAGGCCGGAACAGAAUUGAGGGAACCUCGAGACCCCCGGACGGGAGAAAAAGAAAAACCAAAAAGGCAGGCCCUAAAGAAGGAUCAGUGCGCCUACUGCAAAGAACAGGGGCACUGGAAAAACGAGUGCCCUAAGAGGGACUCAAGGAGAGGAAUGACCCAGAGAGAGAAAAUCCCCCCUGGAACUCGAGUUCUAUAUGCGGGGGAAGACAGUGACUAGGGGAGUCGAGACUCGGCACCCCUCCCCGAGUCCUGGGUAGCCAUACAUGUGGAGGGGAAACCCGUUGGCUUCAUGGUAGAUACUGGCGCCCAACACUCUGUUCUAAAUAAAAAACUGGGACCAAUGUCUAAGAAAACCAGCUUAGUGCAAGGAGCCACGGGGACAAAAAGAUAUUGUUGGACCACAGAAUGGAAAGUAAAUCUGGGGACCCACCAGGUGUCCCAUUCGUUUUUGGUGAUACCAGAAUGCCCAGCCCCUCUACUUGGAAGAGACUUGUUGACUAAAGUUAAUGCUCAGAUCCAUUUUGACCCCGGGGGACUGUCAGUCACGGAUGGACUUGGACAACCGAUACAUGUCUUGUCCCUAGCCUUAAGAGAUGAAUACAGACUUUUUGCGCCUAAGCCCUCAGAGACCAUAGCACUAGAUGUACAACCGUGGGUCCAUAAAUAUCCAUUGGCCUGGGCAGAAACAGCAGGAAUGGGACUAGCCAAACAGAGACAUCCGGUCGUCAUCGAGCUAAAGGCCGAGGCAGUUCCUGUGAGGGUGAGACAGUACCCUAUGAGCCAAGAAGCUCGGCGGGGGAUCACUCCCCACAUUCGACGGCUCAUGGAGGCCGGAAUUCUCAGGCGAUGCCAAUCCCCACACCCCCUUACUGCUGGUGAAGAAGCCAGGGUGGACAGAUUACAGACCUGUCCAAGACCUGCGAGAAGUCAACAAACGGGUGAGUGACAUACACCCAACUGUCCCUAACCCGUAUACCCUCCUGAGCAGUUUACUGCCUGAGUACACUUGGUACACUGUGCUGGACUUGAAGGAUGCCUUUUUCAGCCUACCCCUGGCAGUUCGGGGCCAGGAGAUAUUUGCCUUUGAGUGGACUGAGGGGGAGGGCCAACCGGUAGUACAAUUAACUUGGACCCGCCUCCCACAGGGGUUCAAGAACUCCCCUACCUUGGUUAAUGAGGCUCUGAGUGAGGACCUCUAAGAAUAUCGGGCUUGCCACCCAGAGGUCAUUCUGCUACAAUAUGUAGAUGACCUUAUGUUGGCUGGAACCACAGAGGAAGCUUGCAGCCGUGCCACUGGGGACCUAUUACAGACCCUAGGCAUCUCGGGGUAUCGCGCUAGCGCAAAGAAGGCACAAAUAGCCCGGCAAGAGGUCACCUAUUUGGGGUAUAAGAUCAGGCAGGGGCAAAGGUGGCUAACCCAGGCCAUGAAAGAAACAAUAUUGCAGAUACCAGAGCCCAAAAACCCCCGCCAGGUGAGAGAGUUUCUGGAGACUGUUGGAUAUUGCAGACUGUGGAUUAUGGGGUUUGCUGAGAAGGCCCGGCCCUUAUAUGAGGGAAGUAAAGAGACCCCAAACUGGACUUGGACUGAGCCAAUGAAACAGGCUUUCCAGACACUCAGACGGGCCCUACUAGAAGCCCCAGCCCUUGCCCUGCCUAACCCAAAUAAGCCAUUCCAGCUGUUUGUAGAUGAAAAGCAAGGAAUAGGAAAGGGGGUCUUGACUCAACAAUGGGGACCAUGGAAGCGGCCGGUAGCAUACCUUUCGAAGCGAUUAGACCCGGUGGCCGCUGGGUGGCCCCCUUGCCUUCGCAUCAUUGCAGCUACAGCCCUCCUCGUCCGCGACGCUGACAAGUUGACGUAUGGACAGCAACUCUCGGUUUACACCCCCCACGCCGUAGAAGGGGUUUUAAAGCAGCCGCCGGGUAAGUGGAUCUCCAAUGCCCGCUUGACACACUACCAGGCCUUGCUGCUCGAUGCCCCACGGGUGCAUUUUCAGACCCCUUGCUUCCUAAAUCCGGCCACGCUCCUACCCAACCCAGAGAAGGACAGCCCUCUCCAUGAUUGCGGUGAGAUACUGGCUGAGGCCCUGGCAGCACGAAAAGACUUAACUGAUGUACCCCUAAGCAACAGGGAGCUAGUAUGGUUCACCGAUGGGAGCAGUUAUGUAAAAGAUGGGCAAAGGAAGGCGGGAGCCGCCAUAGUUGAUGAUUCAGGGCAGACGAUAUGGGCUGAGACACUACCCCCAAACACUUCUGCACAAAAAGCAGAAUUGAUUGCCCUAACACAGGCUCUGGAGCAAGCCAAAGGGAAGAGAGUCACCAUUUUUACUGACAGCCGAUAUGCUUUCAGCACUGCCCAUAUGCAAGGUCCCAUAUACCAAGAAAGGGGAUUUCGGACAGCUGAGGGAAAAGAGGUCAAAAAUCUGCCUGAGAUUCGCAGGAUCUUGGAAGCUGUCCAACUACCCCAGGCAGUAGCUAUAGUACAUGUCCCCGGUCACCAGAAAGGAGAAGACCCUAAGGCGCGGGGCAAUCGUGCUGCUGAUGCGGCCGCUCGAGAAGCGGCUAGCCGGGACUAUGCUGCCCUCAUAUUAGCCGUGGGACUUCCACCUCCUUGUAUGGGGACCUUGCCACCAGUUCCCGAAUAUUCCCUCCCUGAUCUCGCCUGGAUCAACAAGGAUACCACCCUCCAGAAAGAUGACCAAGAUGGAUGGUACCGAGACCAAAUCAACAACCUGAUCUUGCCUGCCACCCUGGGUCGUCACCUGUGUGAACACCUGCACACAACUACACACUUGGGAGAAAAAAAGACCCUAACACUUCUCCAGACGGCCUGCCUGAGGGUCCCUCGACAAAAUGCCACUGUACGAGAGAUAAUUCAAGCCUGCGAAGCGUGCCAGCUGAUGAGGGCAGAGAAGAAGCAGCACUCGGGAACGAGGUCGACAGGAUUGGACCCUGGGUUCACUGCAAUCACGUGCGGCAAGCCACAUCGGAAGAACAGGAAAAAGCGCGAGCAGAAUGGAAGCGAGUCCUCACCCGUCAAAUCCUUUGAAACUGAAACUCGUCUGCCGGGAGGCCUCCUAAUUCUCCUGCUGAUGGCAGCUCUCAUCGACCCAGGAGCGACCAGUCAUAACCCCCAUCAACCUGCUAAGAUCACAUGGAAACUCAACGACGGGCAAACUCAUGAGCUGCUCAAUGAGACCUCAGGAAUCCACUCUCCAAACACCUGGUGGCCUGACCUGAACUUCGACCUCUCAAGCCUCUUCGCAAAGCAGGACGGUCUCUAUGAUAAGUACUAUAGGGAUGGGAUAAAAAACCAUAGGUUGGGGUUUUGGGCUUGCCCGGGCUAUGUAAGAAAUAACUGGAAAACCUGUGGUGGCAUAGAAAGCUAUUAUUGCAGGAGCUGGAGUUGUGUGACCUCUUGUGAUGGACCCCAGAGGUGGGAUGUCGGAAACAGAGAUCUAGUUAGCUUCACCUUCAAGGACCGUAGACACCAGGGGCCUCAGGUACGAGUACAAUUUAACCAGGAACGGGCGAAGAAAGAAAACCGCUGGACCUCAGGACUGACUUGGGGUUUUCAGCUUCACGUAAAUUGGCCCGGCCCCUACCCAGGCGAGCUUUUAAUCAUUAAACAGGUUAUUGAGCCGGUGCAGGUACAUAGUUUAGGUCCCAAUCUGGUCAAAGCAUUACAGGGGCAUAAGGCGACCCCCAAGCCAACCACCUUCAGACCAAGCUUGCCGGGAACAUUUAACAUCUCCUCUACCCCGAGCCUCAGAGGCAAACUGACAGAAACCCCUGGCCCUCUGGCUGUUACCAUUAGCUCAGCAAUUCAGGACCCCCUAUGGGCCUUAGUGAAUGCAGCCUUUACGGUCUUAAACCAUACCAACCCUAAUGCGACCCAGUCCUGUUGGCUUUGUUAUAAUCUUCACCCACCCUUCUAUGAGGCCAUGGGCCUCAAUGUCUCUUACCACUUAUCUUCAGGCCAGAACCCACCCCCAUGCCGAUGGGAAGAACGCAAGGUUGGCCUCACAAUGAAUGAAGUCUGGGGACAGGGACUCUGUUUGGGCACAGUGCCACGUGAUAAAACUUCCCUCUGUGCCCGGACUAUUAGUAACCUACGCUUACACGGCAAACAUUGGAUUGUGCCAGAGGUUGGGGGUUGGUGGAUUUGUUCACAUACUGGGCUAACCCCAUGUUUACAUUGUGAAGAUUUUUAACCAGAGUCAAGAAUUCUGUGUCCUGGUUGCUGUAAUGCCAAAAAUCUUAUACCACUCUGAAGAGGUUAUGUACUCACAUUGGGACCGGGAAUUGCUAAGACAAAAGAGAGAGCCAAUCAGUGCGAUCACCAUGGCAGCCUUGUUCAGUCUUGGGCUGGCAGGAGCAGGGACAGGAAUAGCUUCACUAUCUCUGCAAGGCCAAGGGUUUUCCUCCCUACGAGCCGCCAUAGAUGAAGAUAUAACUCGCAUAGAAGAAUCAAUCAGCCACUUAGAGAAGUCUCUGACUUCCUUGUCUGAGGUGGUCUUGCAGAAUAGGAGAGGAUUAGACUUGAUUUUUCUCCAACACGGUGGGGUCUGCGCGGCUCUGGGAGAAGAAUGUUGUUUCUAUGCAGACCAUACAGGAGUGGUAAGAGAAUCUAUGGCAAAAGUAAGAGAAGGGCUGGCGCAACAAAAGAGGGAACGGGAGGCCCAACAGGGAUGGUUUGAGUCUUGGUUUCAACGCUCCCCCUGGCUGACCACCUUAGUUUCCACCCUCCUGGGCCCGCUUAUAGUGCUAUUAUUAACACUUACAUUUGGCCCUUGUAUUUCAAACUGGCUAAUGUCAUUUAUUAAAGAACAUCUAAAUACCAUUCAGAUUAUGGUAUUGAGGCCGCAUUAUCAGAUGGUAGCCCAGGAUGAAGAGAAAGCUUCCUCCACAGGAACAACAAGACAGGGGGGAAUGUGAGGCUGCCAUGGUUAAUACCGUGAUGGGCGGCCUGGACCUAAGUUUUAGCUUCCCCCGAAAUGGUAAGAUUCCCUACCCCCAUCAGGUAACCUGGAGCCAGCCAAUCAAUAUCUGCCCAGUAAGAACAAAGGGAGAGCUGGCCUUCCUCACUUCCCCUGGGCUCGAGUCCAGGAAGCCUUUAUGCUCACACCCAGACUCAACUUCCUUCGUUUUAAAUUCUAAAAUCAUUUUGUUGACAAUUUUGAAAAGCUCUUUCCAUUUAUAUCUCUUACAAAAUAUUGCCUAUAUUCUCUGUGUGUAUGAUCCAUCCUUGAGGCUGUCUUAGGGCAUCUCAAGUGGCACUAGUAUUCAAGAAUCUGCCUGCCAAUGCAGGACGCACAGGAGACACGGGAUGGAUCCCUGAGUAGGCAAGAUCGCCUGCAGAAGGAAAUGGUAACCCAAUCCCAGUAUUCUUGCCUGGAAAAUUCCAUGGACAGGAGAGCCUGUCUUACUCCCAGAUUUUGUACCUCCUCCUCCCCACCAUACUUAAUCUCCUGCUCUCCCACUAGAAACCACUAGUUUCAAAAUAUCCUUCUGCUGCUUUUUUGUUAUAUCCACUACUCGUCAGGAAAGUAGUGUAUAUUACAAUUGUUUUUGUUAAAUCCAUUAGAGAAAAGCAUUAUAAAAGUAUAAAAUUUUUUUCUUUUAUCCACUUCAUAUACAGUCAAGAAACUACUAUAGAUAGCAACGAAGUAGUGUAUCUCUCCGCACAGGAAGGAGUAGCCAAGACACAGCCUCUUCCAGAUGGAGACUUCCCAUAUGUCUGUCAGAGCAAGUAAAUUGAGGACCUAGACUAAAAGGAACAGAAACACUCCCUUGUUCAGCAUGGAGACACUGAUUUAUUUAACCAAGAACAAGCUCAAAGAAACUCUUGAAUAUAUAGCUGCUGACCUUCUCACAGAGAUGUUAUAGACAUUUGUAGAAAAUAAAUUACAAGUGGAUGAAUUGAGGCUGGCCCGGAGGCCAUUCAGUGAGUUGCUUAAACACCUAGUCAAAUGGUUGCUGCUAUCUGUCCUACACCAGAUGGCUUUGGUGGCAUGGAACCAGUUAGGCAUGAGUUGCUUAAGGAAUAAGAUUAUAUAUGUCUUUAGGAAGUUUGGUCACCAACUAGCUGAAGUCAUCAUGGCUUAAUUUCUAUUCAUGUGUCAGUUCGGUAUCUAUGCUAUCUUUGUGAAGUCUUAAGAAGACAGCAUCAUGCAUUAUUGUGUGAGAGGACUCAUCAUUGUGGGAUGUUUGUGGCUAAGAUUUCAGUUUCCUUCUGAUUUAUACAUCCCAACUCUGCCUGCCUAACCAACAAGACUGAUUGAACUGGGGGAGACAUCCCUAAGAUUAUAAUAGUAUUCAGAAGACACAGAUCACCAGCUUACCUUCCUUUAUUCCUUCCUCAACAACAGUUUGGUCUAACAUGAACAAAAAUUGAGAAACAGAAUUUGUGCUGUUAGCAGCAACACACCACCUCUACCCUCCUGACAAUGGAUGACCUGUGGGCCUUUUCAGUUGCUCUUUGUGACUAGUCCACCAGGCUCCUAUGUUCAUGGGCUUUCCCAAGCAAGAAUACUGGAGUGGGGUGCCACUUCCUAUUCCAGGGGAUCUUAUGCACCCAGAGAUCAGAUGCGUGUUCCCUGCAUGUCCUGCGUUGCAGGCAUUUUCUUUAUCACUGAGCCCCUAACAAAGUACAGCCUUCACUCUAAGGAUAUAAAGGAUAUCUGAAGGCUCAUGUGGUCUGCCCGAUUCUGUGCUGACUUCCUUCUCCUGGAGCUGAAACUCCAGCCAGGGGCAGACCAGGGAAGGGACAGAUUGUAACCAAGCAGGACCCUCUGAGGCUUUCCCAGAAUAACCCCCCAGCCAAGUCCUCUGCCUGCCUUUUGUCUGUAAAAAAACUUGCACCACAGAAUAAAUGUAGGGACUUCACUCCCGGUCUAGUGGCUAAGACUCCACCAGUCAAAUUCAGGGGUGAAGGUUGAAUACUUGGUUGGGGUAUGAAUAUCCCACAUGCCUUGCAGCGAGAUUAGGGGGGAAAAAAAGAAGAAGAAUAAAUUUAAUCAGAGAAGUGAGAAAAUGUGGAAAGGAAAACAGUCAAACAAGACUGAUGAAAAAAUGAGACCUAGUCUUAUGUAAAUAUAUGUAUGACUCAGUUUGUGUGUUUGUCUUUAGAUAACAUUCCUGAGAUUCAUUUCUCAAUGAGCUCCAUUUAAUUGACUUAAAGAAAAGUAAACACUUACAAAUAAAGUAUUUCUAAGGUUCACAUGAUCUGGGAAAUGUUCAAUAUUAAGUCCAUAUUUGGUAUGGACCUCAGGUUAGUUUGUUGUUUAACCGCGUGUGAAUUGAUGGAGACAUGAGUCACUAAGAUUGUCAUCAACACUCACUGCACCUAGUUCUGCUGCGAGUCAAAAAGUCCUAUCUGUUACAAAAUUUAACUGCAAGGAAAUUAACUAUGAUGAUAUUGUCAUAAAUAAUAGAGAUAAAUGGUAGAGAUGUUUUUAGGUAAACUCUUUAAAAGAAUUAUAUUUCGUUUUUCCAAAUUCGUCGGAAUUUAGAACUUUAGGGUUUUGCUAAAUUCAGUAAAAUAAUGAGAAUGUACUGAAGACUGAAAUCAGUUUGAGAUAAAAUACUGAAACACUGACUACUGAACAAAUCCAUGUUUAUCUUUACCUUCUUAUGAAUGAAAACACUAAAUGUGUUUAUUAAACACACAUCUUGUACCACCUAAAGAAAAAUUAUGCUCUGAAAUAUGUCUGUCAUAUACUUUAUGAAUCUAAUGUCAUAAAAAGAAAUACAAUUCAAUUGCUUGUUUCUUGGUUUUAAGUUUUAAGGGAUUUUAGAAAUGCAGUGUAUUUACAGUUACUAAAAAUGGUAAGAGACUGGAAUGCAAGUAGGACAUAUGUUUGUUGUCAAAAGAAGAUAUAGAAAAUAACAGUAGUUUUUCUUGAAAUAUAACAAGAGGAUAAUUUUGCUGGUUUGGAUAGGGAAAAAUAAGAGACAUAUUAUGUGGAUACAAAAAAAAAUGAUUAACGUUUUUAAAAAAGGGAGGAUUGAUUAAGGUUAAAUUAAAUUUAAUUAGGUAAAGAACUUUAUUUUUAAUAGUAACCUGGUCCAAGACUGGAAUUUGGCUUUCUCUCUCUAAUAAGAAAACAAACUUCCUGGAAUAAUGAGCUGCCUUGGAGAAGAGAUGGGAAGUCUCUUUCUCUAGCUAACUUUGAGUGUCCAGGAGGAACUGUGAGGCAGCUCAGAGGGAAAUAUUAGACUGAUUGGCAUCCCUGGUGUGUUAAAUACCACGGGGAACAUUGUUAAAUGUAAGUCUUCUAGAGUUCUCCUGCGGACGGUUGCUAUUAAUACAGAUGUGUUAAAAAUUAAGGAAUUCCGACAAACCUGGUGUGUCCUGAUGUUACCAAGACAUAAUUCUCAUUACUGUAAUCAAGUUUCUUAGCCCAUUACAUUGUGCUCACGAGUGUCACCAUAUCUUUAAGUCACUCACAGAGAGUUCUUGUACUCGGACGGUUUUGCAAAAGUGCUUCAUAUAGGGAAGACCAUUUUGAGAAGCACUGGUCUCUGAUCAAUUUCACUUUAUACCAUGCAACUGGGUAGGAAAUUUAAGGUGAAGUGAAAGUUGCUCAGUUGUGUCUGACUCUUUGUGACCCCAUGGAUUAUACAGUCCAUGGAAUUCUCUAGGCCAGAAUACUGGAGUGUAGCCCUUCCCUUCUCAGAGGAUCUUCCCAACCCAGGGGGCUUCCCUUGUGGCUCAGCUGGUAAAGGAAAUUUUAAAAUCCUAAUUUAAAAAACAUGAUGGUAUCAUAAAAGUGUUUAACAAAAAAGAUGAGCUCCUGAAACAACUUGUAAAUAUAGUUUUAGAGUUUAUGGAUUUUGUUGGCUGAAAUCUUAUUGGGUUUGAUCUGUGAUUUCCAGAUAAAACAAAGCCCUUCCCCUCAAGCUACUAAUGACUGACAGCAAUUGAGUAAAUUCCCUCUGUGAGUAAAAUGCAAAUAUGUUUCUUUUCUCUCUUCUUUGUUCCUCCAGAGGUUAAUGAUUCUUAUGUUCUGAGCGGCCUUAUCAGGUUAAUAAAAACGACAGUUUCCUGACAGGAGCAGAAAUCUUCCUAUUUUGCGGACUUCUAGAAGAGAGAAAUCUGCAAGGCAAAAACGAAUGGCAGGACUUUGGCCUGGAUUUCCUGAGCUUAGGAGGCUAUUUGUUGUUUGUCUUUGGCAUUUGGUCUGAAACACUUUUUUUAUACAUAUAAUUGUUUUAUUAUUGAUUUA